AUGACCUGCCCAUCCAAAAAGACUGGAAGUGCGAGGAGUGUGGCAGCGGUGGGAUCACGUUGUCGCAUCUGGUCGAAGGACACUCUUCACGUUCGAAACACGGAGUUCCCGUCACAUCCUUCUUCUGAUGAUGACAACACGACUGUCGUCAACGCCAAUGACAGGACCGAAGGCUCGGUAGAUGGAAGAGCCCUCCGAGAGCGUCUACAAGUCGAAACAAAUUAUCAAAAACACUCCAGAUUCGACGAUGCACGGCCAUCACCCUCCCAGACGAGAGAAGAAGCCCAUAGGCUGGAUGAUGAGCUUGCCAUGCAAAGAGCUGAGCGCUUGACAUCUUCUGAGUCAAGACAAACAGAAGACCGAAACUCAAUGGCUCUGCUCGCGCUCGCCGAGGAUCCUGCAGUUCGACGCUUACUCACCAGCUUGAAAGAUCCUCAGGCAGUCCGCAAACCGUUAUCAUGUUCCGAUUUACGAAGGCGGCCACUUGUGUGA